AUAAUUUACAUAUAUUGAAAAGAGUUCAUUGGCACUGUGCAUUUCAAUACACGGACCUUGUUCGUUUUUUCUGUGAAUAAAAAGAGGGAGAAGCACACAGGGAUUGCAUUUGCUGUCAGCCUCAACUGGGGUCAUUACUAAAACGAAAGACAGCUCGACUCUUGCCAAAGGUAACAUGGACAAGACAACUAUCAUUCUCGCUUUUCUCGGCAUUGCAGUAUUAUUCGCUUCGUCAGCAAACAGUGCUGCUAUCGAAAGACAAGCUGAUGCUGAAUGGAUAAAUUCAUUGAAAAGUGACACAUUGGACGAUGAAGAAAUAGAAUCACUCUCAAUUGACGACUCUCAUGCUGACAAAGAUUUAGACAAAGAGCUGGAAGAUAUCGAGGCAAAACGAGAUGCUCCCAAAAAUGGUCCAGGCAGCAACGCAGCAACUAUUGAUCAAAUCAACAAAGUAAAUGAAGAAAAAGUCGAGGAAAUUCCAGUUAAAUUAAAGGAAGGAGAUAUAGCCGAAAACCCACGCAAAAGUGACAAUGACGUCAUCGAGAAGAAAGCCGCUCAUCGAUACCUUGGCAAUAUAUGGCAGGACAGGACUAUUCCUUACAUCUUCAACUCUGCUGUACCAGCGAAUGAUAGGACGGUGAUUCUGGCAGCCAUGGCUCAAUAUCACAAUCACACAUGCCUUAAGUUUGUCGAUGCUACUGGAAACACAUCUGCAUACCAGACUUAUUUGCAUAUAAUACGGUCAUCUGGAUGCUGGUCCUAUGUUGGAAGAGUCUUCACAGGAGAACAAAGGCUUUCAAUUGGAUCAGGCUGUGGCUAUCUUGGCAUUGUUAUCCAUGAACUUAUGCAUGCUUCUGGCUUCUACCACGAGCAAUCGCGAUAUGACAGGGACGAAUUCAUAGAAAUUUUAUGGGAAAAUAUUGGCUCAGGGAAAGAAGGCAACUUUGCAAAACAGACUGCAGAAGCCGUCCAAGUAUUUCAAACUGCAUAUGAUUUCGACAGUGUGAUGCAUUACGGAAAAACGGCCUUUUCAAAGAAUGGAAAGAAUACUAUACAAUCAAUUACUGAUCCAAACAGAUCUUUUGGGCAGAGAGCUGGCUUCAGUACUCUUGAUAAACAGGAGCUCAAUGCUCUUUACCAAUGCACAAAGGCGGGCAGUGGCUGGUCUGAUUGGUCUGAAUGGAGUCCUUGCAUUCAUACAUCUUCAAGUAUUUUCAGGCAAAGACAGAAGUACUGUUUUGAGACAGAUCGAUCCUUGUGCCCUGGGGCAGACUCCAGAGGCUUGGUGUUUGAAAGAAAAGCAACAAGUUGUAGUGAUCCUGCUUGUAAAGUCCAAGGGCAUUGGUCAAGAUGGAGUUCAUGGUCUUGUCAAGCAACAUGUGGCUCAUUUGGAUCCCGAUCAAGAAGUCGGGCAUGCACAAAUCCAGCACCGAAAUGUAAUGGACCCACAUGUUCUGGAAAAUCAUUAGAGUCAAUGCCUUGUUAUCGUUGCAACAACCUUGGGCCUGAUGACUGUGAAUUUGAAAACGCAACCAGCAGAAUGUGCCACUGGAAAGACCAGAAAAGCGCUGGGUACGAUAUGGAAUGGAUCCCUCACACUGGAAGCACUCCUUCAGCGGGGACCGGGCCAACAGGAGAUGCUUCUCCAAAUUUCAAUGGAACUGGGUACUACAUUUAUGUGGAAACAUCAUCGCCUGCUACACAAAACCAAAAAGCUCGGGUAAUGAGCAAGCUGAUGGCAGCUACAGCAUCUCGAAGCAUCAGUUUCAAAUAUCAUGCCAGUGUUAACGCGCUGACGUCUUUGAAUCUCUUCCUGAAGAAUACAAGCGGGGAAGCCCUUUUAUGGUCAAUCAAAGGAAAUCAGGGCUCUGCUUGGAAAAGUGCAACCGUCCCUUAUCAGAGCUCCUCUUCUUAUAAUCUGAUAUUUGAAGUAAUAAGAGGUGAUAACUGGAACUCGGACAUCGGUCUGGAUGAUAUAGUUUUUAUAGAAGAUCAAAAUGCAUGCUCAUCGAGCCCUUGUCAAAAUGGAGGGACAUGUUCCAGUAGCUCUGGUGGUUUUACCUGCCAAUGCCCUCCUGGCUUCACAGGACAGAAGUGCGAAACUAAGGCUGAUGCCUGUGCGUCCAAGCCUUGUAAAAAUGGAGCAACCUGCACCAACAUGGAAGGAAGCUACAGCUGUUUCUGCGCCGAUGGCUACACGGGAAACAACUGCGAGACAGUGAUUGAUAACUGUGCUGGAAAUCCUUGCCUUAACAAUGGGACAUGUUCCAAUGGAGUUAACAGCUUUACUUGUCAGUGUGUAGCUGGAUUUACCGGAGUUAAAUGCGAAUUUAAUAUUGAUGAAUGCGCCAGUCUGCCUUGUCAAAAUGGAGGCCUAUGCAUUGAUGAAGUUAACGGCUAUCGAUGUCAUUGCUUUGCUGGCUUCACUGGAAAAAACUGCGAAACAAAUAUCAACGAAUGUUUUAGCCUGCCGUGCUUAAAUGGUGGCUCAUGCAUAGACGGAAUUCACGAUUAUACAUGCAUUUGUCCACCCAGUCACACUGGAAAACGAUGUGAAGUUUUUAUUCCGACUACCACGAAGAAACCAACAACGACCGUUCCACCAACAACUACCAGGAAGCCAACAACGACCGCUGAACCUACCACAACGAGGAAACCAACAACGACCGCUGAACCAACCACAACGAGGAAACCAACAACGACCGCUAGACCAUCAACACAGAAGCCUACAACGACCGCUAGACCAUCAACACAGAAGCCAACAACGACCGCUAGACCAUCAACACAGAAGCCAACAACGACCGCUAGACCAUCAACGAGGAAACCAACAACGACCGCUAGACCAUCAACACAGAAGCCAACAACGACCGCUAGACCAUCAACGAGGAAGCCUACUAGUCCACCUGCAAAAUUUGUUGAUUUGAUUUCUUGCGAUUUCGAGUGUGGAUGGUGCUCAUUGAAGCAAAACAAAUCAGAUAAGUUUGAUUGGACGAGGCAAAAUGGAAGAACUCCUUCGUACUAUACAGGCCCAUCGUACGAUCAUACAACUGCGAAAAAUGGUUAUUUUGUCUUCACCGAGGCUUCUUAUCCAAGAAAACCAAACCAUAAUGCAGUGCUAUCUACGCCUGUUAUGGAAUCCGAUGGCAAACCAAGAUGUCUAGACUUUUAUUAUCACAUGUACGGGAGUGGUGUUGGAUCUAUGGUUGUUUCUGUUGGCUAUGACGGUAUCUCGAGCGACAAUUUAAAAAUCACUGGCAAUCAAGGAAACUGGUGGAACCAUGGCGCUACUACUAUCGAUGUCCCAAGUGGAAAGAAGUUCCAGGUCCAUUUUGAAAGUAUGAGAGGAAAGUCCUGGGCUGGAGAUGUCGCACUUGAUGAUAUAAAAAUCUGGAAAGGAGCCUGCCCGAGUGGUUUGGCAAGUACUCCAUCUACUCUGGCUUGUCCUUUGGAACGCAACAUGGGAUUCUGUGAUUGGAGUCAGUCGAUGAGUGACAAUGGAGACUGGGUACUGAAAAAGUCGAAAAGGGGAGGAGGAUUCCAAGGUGACGAAGCAACCGUUGAUGAAGGUGAUGACGAUAAUAACGAUGAAAGCGAGGCAGACCCACGUCGUAGGAGAGGCUCUCGUGGUCCAAGACGAGCAUUAUCUGGCAAACAAGAUUAUUUCGCAUACUUUAGAGGUAGUGGAAAAGGGAACACAGAAACGGCUGUCUUAAGGAGCGAACCAAUUACUUCUAGUGACAUAACGUGCCUGCGUUUCUUUGCUCACAUGUAUGGAAAAAGAAUUGGAAGUCUUGCGGUCAAUAAAGCUUCUGUUUUAGGAAAAACAGAACUUAUAAAGCUGUCAGGAAAUCAGAAGAGCCGAUGGUUUGAAGUUGAAGUUAAUAUUCCAGCUGACAGAAAUUAUAAGAUUGAAAUUGUUGCCAAACAAGGGAAGAAAGCCACCAUUGCAAUUGAUGACAUCUCAGUCAGCCCUGGCAAAUGCCCUUUUCCAAAAAAUUUAUUCGACUGUGACUUCAGUUCUGGAUCUUGUGGCUUGAAACAAGUAGAUUACGAUGACUGUGAUUGGAGCAUUGUAUCAGCUAAUGGAGGUAAAGCCUUGCAUUGGGAUGUUGAUAAAUGCAGCGGAGGUUUCUUUAGCCAUGGUCGCUCAAAGAGCCAACAGGAUGACAAUGACGAGUACGUUGCUCUACUAGAAAGAAACAUUCAUGUGCCAAAGCGUGGAGGAUGCUUAACCAUCGAAUUCCACCUCGGCGCUAAAGACGUUUGUGAGCUGCAAGUGAAGAUGAUAUCAGGCUUUGGUAACGACAAAAAACGAUCACAUGAUGAUGACGAAAGGAUCUAUUACAGGAAGGCCAAGAGCCGAGGUGGAAAACUGCAGAAGGCUUUUGUAACAAUCCCACCAUCAAGGGGAGGAUGCCCACAAAGAACGCUCGAGUUUGAGGCACUACUGAAAGACAGCGCUUGGCGCCAUUGCCGAAAAGUUUUCAUUGACCAAGUCUACUUCAGAGAAGGAAUUUGUGGCAAGGUUUGAGAUGUGAAUAAAACCUUGACUUUAUAAUGCACACUUCUUCUGAUACACUGGUAUCACUUUGUUACUCACAUUGGUAUUUGUGUUAGUUUAUCAAUUAUCAAUUUAAUGAA